GUAUAUACAUACUUAGUCCUUCUCUUCCAUACAUACAAUAUCUAUCAUAUAAUCUCAUCUUUGGAUUAACCAUCUAAAAAUGACCAACGGCGAGUCAUCCAUUUCCAUUGAAGUUCCUUCAGAAACAAGGAAGGAAGCUAAAGGCAAAGCACCUCUUAUAGCUGGUGGUACUCACAAGCAUGAAAGAAAAGGAGGAUGGAAGAAAGGCAUUGCCAUCCUCGAUUUCAUUCUCCGACUCAGUGCCACAGCCGCCGCCCUAGGCGCUGCUGCUGCCAUGGGAAAUAGCGAAGAGACUCUUCCUUUCUUCACUCAGUUCCUCCAGUUCCAAGCCAGCUAUGAUGAUUUGCCCACUUUCCAGUUCUUUGUCAUUGCAAUGGCGAUAGUUGGUGGUUACCUAGUCCUCUCCCUUCCCUUCUCCAUUGUCACCAUUAUCCGUCCCCAUGCAACUGGACCUAAGCUUCUCUUGCUUACUUUGGACAUAGUGGCGCUUACUUUAACCACUUCAGCAGCUGCUGCUGGAGCUUCCAUAGUCUACCUAGCCCACAACGGCAAUCCCAGCGCAAACUGGAUUGCAAUCUGCCAGCAGUAUGGAGAUUUCUGCCAGCAAGUGAGUGGGGCGGUGGUGUCGUCGUUCAUCGCAGUUGUUAUCUUCAUGUUGCUCAUUGUGCUCUCUGCUUUUGCACUCCGAAGAAAACAUUAGUUGAAAGAACAUCUAUGGGAGGAAUGCGUUUUAAGCAAACCAAACGGUGUUAAUUUAUGAUUAUGUGAUUUUAUUUUGGUUGUUUUUCUUCUCUUUUCUUUCAAGAAUCCUUUUGCCUGUUAGCUUCUUCAAUUGAUCUUGUGACUGCAAUUGUAAUGGAAAAUGUUCUCUCUCUCUCUCUCCCUCUCUCUCUCUCUCUCUCUCUCGAUAUAUAUAUAUGCAUAUUUGUUUGAUUUGUUUUCUGUUUUCGACUUUGAGAAAUAAUCUGAAUGCUCUGUUAAAAGAGUAUUAAAAACCUGACUCUCAUAUUUAAACCCUUUGGUACUUAAAACUAUAUUUAGU